AGCUGUGUAUUUAAGUGCCUGUUCUGCUUCUGUUGUUUCAUGGUUCAUUAUAGCUGUAUGUAUGUAUAUAGUUCUCCAGUUGUGUUUAUUCCAUCAUUUAGUUCAUUCCUGGUCAUUUGCUGUUUAUUUUGGAUCCAUCCUGAUCCUUUUGGUUUUGAUGUGUGAGUUGUAAUAAACCCUAUUUUUCCAUCCGUGUCAUGUACUGCCGCAACCAGAAGAGGGCAGAAGAUAUGGCACAAAAACAAAGGAAGAAGCCUAACUUUAAAAAAACUUCAAAAAACAUCAAGACUCAUCCAGCAUGGGGUGGUGGGUUAACGAAUAACACAAACAAUCAAAGAAUAAGCAAACAAAUGAGAGAAAAGAUGCAGAGAUGACUGAGAAGCAGGGGAUGACUGGAGAAGAGACGACAGGACCAGAAGACAGGAGGGAUACAGGGAGACCGGAGAAGAGAGUAUAACUGAAGAAUGGGAGAAGAGGAGAGACUACAGAGAACAUAGAUGACUGGAGGGGAGGGAAUAUAGGAGCAACAGAGAGAAGGAGGAAGGGCUGUGGAGGAGAAGACAGGAUAAGAGGGGAAAAUGUGAGCAGAGAAGGACAAACACCCCCACUGCCCACCAAAGUGCACUUCCGUAGCGGUCUGCAGGGGGAAUCGCAGAAGCUGGAGUUUCUUAGAGCGCUGCAUGGGUUUGGACAAACAUUAGGGAGAAGCAAACACAAACGAUUCGUGAGUGCAUCGUACGUGUUGUAAGAGCAAGUGAAGCUGAAAGACAUUGACAGUGAAGUGAUGGCACCCUCUAUCAAUCUCUUCACCUUCCUCGUCCUGUCCCUGGUGGGGGGCAGCUCUUCAUGGGACGAAGCUUUGCCUUGCGGAUCCGGCUCCAUCCUGACAAGGCCCUACACGGCCUUGUGUGAGCUGGAUGCGGUGUGGGGCUUGGUGGUGGUGGUGGCGGCAGCGGCGGCGGCCCUCGCCUCGCUGAUCCUGCUCCUGGUGGUACUGUGUCGCCUGCGGAAGAUCACAGAGGCUGAGGAGCGCAGCGGGGUGGCGCCGCUACUCCUGCUGCUCGCAGCCAUAUUUGGGCUCUGUGGCCUCAGCCUGGGAUACAUCGCUGAGCACCAAGAGAGCCUCUGCUUCGCCCGGCGUGUCCUGAGGGGGGUGUUGCUUGCUAUCUGCAACACAUGCCUCGUGUUUCAUGGUCUGCGACUGCGCCGGUUGGGACAAGGUGCUCAUAGCCCCAGCACAGGUCAACUGAUGGGGCUGGCGGUGGCCUUGGCCGUGUUGGAUCCGGAGUGGAUCCUUCUAGCCACGAUGUCCACAUGCCAGCCAGCCUGUGAUUACCAGCCGCUGGACUUUACACUGGCCACCACUUAUGUGCUGGUCCUGCUCCUGGCAGCACUGGUGGGGGCGGCCUGCAGUCUGUGGAGGCAGCAGCCUCGGUGGAGGUGCAGGACCACGUGGCUGCUCAUCACCUGCCUGGCCUCAGUCCUGCUGUGGGUGGCCUGGAUCACCUUCUGCCUGUAUGGCAACGCGGCGCUUGGCCUGUCCCCAACAUGGGACAACCGGGUACAGGCAGUGGUGCUGCUGGCACAGGCAUGGCUGCUCAUACUGCUGCACGCUGCUCCUGAGGUCCACGCCACCUUACGGCCCCCGUCCCGCAUGAGAGAGGCCAGUUUAGAGGAGGGCCUUUCUCACCUGUAGUUUGGAGCAAACCGGGACUUCGUGUUCAGUGACAACAACUCAGGUGCCCUCCCCAGCCCCCAGGAAACAUUACAUUUUAAAUAAAUAAUAUAUAUAUCAUCA